UGUCUAUGGUCAUUCGGCUGCCACAGCUACGAAAGCGGAGCGACGGAAAAGGAAGUAAUAAGCAAGACCCCGAAAAUACACCAAGACAAAAAUACAAAUAAACACAGAGAAACCAGACUUCCCCGAACGGUCUACUGUUUGGCAGGCCAAGCGGAUCGGAAUUGUGACAGUGUGGGAACCAUAGGCCGUAUAAGGUGGGAACACACCACCAGGCUAUGGGGGUGUUUCUCUAACUUCCACCUGAAAGACGCAAAAAGAAAAUGGCGUGUGUUCAAUAAGAAGGCCUUUGCUUUUGUCCUAAGUAACAAAUAUAAUACGGAUGCUUUAGAAGUGCUGACGAAGUUCACAACUGGAUUGAACAUCCCUGUGCCUGCAGUGUUGGAGUCAGAAUGGAAUCAGCAGAUAAAAAUGAACAAAUGAACAAUGAGCAACCUGGGCCCUCCAAAAGCUCUCUGCCUGUAGAGACUGCCAAUGAAAGCCAGGAUGCUUCACCCCCCCAGGGCUCGGGUGAAAUGCAGUCAAGUACACUGAAUCUGUACACUGCUCUUGGGUUGUCUCCUGAGGAUGUGGACGCUCUGGCACAGAUUCCAGAAAAUGAGAUAAGCAUAGAAACCUUACCACACCUUAUAAUGCAGCUGAAGGCCAAGCGAGCUCAGUCUGGUGGACACGCAGUGACCUCUCCACCAAAAGAAGAAGUGCACAAUGACCAAGAGGACUGGGAGGCUGACAGCACUGAUAGUGUACCGCAGCGAUCGACGAGCAAACCUCCGGUCCGUAGCCACAGUGCUGACUACAACGACAGCAAAACUGAGAGCCAUGAGCGUUUGGGGCACGUACGGAGCAGGAGGGAGCCUCGUCAUUACAAGUCUUCCUAUGAGGGCAGUCCGCCAAAGUUUCCCAUGUCCUAUCUGAUGGAUGAUUUUCGUGGAGCUAUGCCAAGAUCUUUUCCACACACAUGCUCUCUGUGCUUUUGCAUAUUGUAUUCAGCUGCGCCAUGGAAUGACCAUCUCAAUGGAUCACGCCAUGAGGAAAACCGACGUAAAUUCUUGCGAACACAUCCAGACUGGGAGACACAUGAUGCAUCUUGUAGAGUACCGGACUCCCAUUCCGGUGGAGGGGAUGGCCUUCCUGUCAGAAGGGACUCCAGAUCAUCCGUGUCGCGGAAGAGACCAUACCCCACAGAUUCUAGCCCAGGCGAGCGGCACUUCCCUCCGUCUUAUAGACACCUCCAUCUUAAACCCAAGGCUGGUACAAAAGUGGUGGUGACCAAGUUUGUUCGAGGAACUGUAGGUGUGGAGGAUUUGCUCAGUCUGGCAAAGCCAUUUGGCACUGUAGUUAAACAUCUGAUUUUCCCCUGCAAGGGCUUCCUGGAAUUUAGUUCACACAAAGAAGCAGUCAAUAUGGUGUCUCAUUAUGCUUCUAAACCUGCUUAUGUGAAGGAUAACAAGUUGGCCCUGUACUUGUCUCCAGUGGUUGGGAGUAUCCAUACACCCAAGUUGGAUAAAGUUGAGAAGCGUCCAAAACGGUCCAUUCAUGCAGUUGUGUGUUUCUCACACCUUCCAUCUGAUAAAGAAAGUGAGGCUGAAAUCCUUGAAGUGGCCAAGAUGUUUGGUGAAGUGCGAUACUCUAAAGUUUAUAACAAUGAGGUUCUUAUUGAAAUGGAAGAUUGGAACGAUGCUGAAAUCAUGGUGAAGUACUACCAUAGCAAUCCACUCAAGAUUUUUGGGAAGAACGUCAGGGUCAACUUGUCGUCCUCUCACAAGCAGCUGAGAUUAAGUCCAGACCCAUCCAGAAGAGGAGAUUCAAGCAGAAGUUACAGUGGUUUGCCUAAGAGCAAGGAAGCUUCCAGAGGGUCACAUCUCAAAAACAAAGAUAAAACGUCCUUGCAGAAAGAUUUGACAGAGAAAAAAAAUGUUGAUGGAGGAGAUCAGAGGGCCAUGGAGGAGCAUGAGCACCUGGACGUCAAUUUAGAUAGUGGGGGAGAAGAUGAGCAAGGAAUGAAGGUAGAAGAUGAGCAAGUCAUUUCAGAAGAAGAGUUGGGCCAAGGUGAAACUGUCGAUGAACGGAUUCUCGAAGAGCCCUUAGAGGAGACUAAUGCUUCACAGAAAGAAGACUCGGAGGGCUCAGGUGCGGAAAUGGAUCAGAACUUGGAGGAGAUCACACUUGCAGAAAGGCCACCAGUGAAUUCACAAGAAAAUCCAGAUGAGACCUCAACUCUUCCAGUUCCAGCCGAAGAACCAACAUCAGUUGAGGAUCCUGAGGACAAAAUGGGGGAUACAAAGGACAUAAUGGAAGAAUACAAUGAAAAUGAUGAAGAAGAUAUGGAUUUCCCCGAUAACAUGGAAGAUUUUGUUACAUUAGAUGAGCUUGAUAAUGAUGCCGGGGAGAAAUUCGAUUCAGAGGAGUCUUCUGAGGGAGGAAAAGUCGUUACAGUGCGGCGCAUCAGAAAGGGCUACGGUUUAGAGGAUGCGCUUCUCAAACUUGCGGAACCUUUUGGGAAAGUCACAAACCAUGCAAUAUCUUUUUACCAACAAGAGGCAUUGUUGGAGCUGGAAAGUAAUGCAGCAGCAAAAAGAAUGAUUAAAUACUAUCAAGGAAGCAAAAAAGCACUCAUCUUUGGAAGACCUGUAUCUGUUAGUCUGUGUCUUACACUGCAACAAUUAGAGGGUCCAAGUGGAAAAUCGAUCUAUAUUGGCAUGCUUCCACUGCAGAAGUACUCUGACAUCUCCCUCUUGAGGCUUGCUCAACCUUUUGGAAAAAUCAGUGCCUAUCACUUAAACUGGCGUCACAGAAAGUGUUAUAUUCAAAUGGAGAGUGUGGAUGCAGCGCAGAAAAUGAUUCAGAAGUACUUGCACCGGCCUCCUAAGUUUUAUGGCUCGGUGCUACGGAUUUGUUUGUGCAGAAAAGGAGAUUCACAGAUACCUUGGAAAUUGCCUGUUAAGUAUGAGCUGUGGUGUGCACAGCAGAAGAACAGAAAAGCCCAAAAGGACAGACUGGAGGCAGAGGCGGAGGCAGACACUGAGGAAGAGGAAGAGGCAGAGGGGGAGGCGGAGGCAGAGAACGGCCAAUCAGCAGAAAGCCCUGCUGCAAAGAAGAGCGUCACGGAAGAUGGUGGCCAGAGUGCUGUAUCAGACAGUGAUGGAGCUGUCAGUGCCUCUGCUGGAGCAGGUGGGCAGAUGUGUGACAAAGAGGAGAAAGUGGAGCAAAAAUCUGAUCAGGUCCCAGUCCCUCUGGGGCCGUACCAGCCCAACAAUCCCGUAGGGAUAGACUACAUUGUCCAAAGAACUGGUUUCUUCUGCAAGCUCUGUAAGGUCUUCUACACCAAUGAAAAAACUGCUAAAUCACUCCACUGCAGCAGCCUGGCGCAUUAUCAGAAACUAAAGAUGAAGCUGGCAGAAGAUCCCAGUGAAUGAGUUUUGCAUUUGUACAGCUGGAGGAUCUCCUUUGUUUUUCAAAUGAAAUGAGUCUCUGUUCUGUUUAAACAUUCCAGUCUUGAUCUUGUUAACAGUGAUUUCAUUUGAUUUAGGAAAUAUGCUUUAUUGUAGGUUUUUUUUUUUUUUUGUUUACUACAGUACUCCUGUGUGCAUUUAUGCGUGUGCACACGUGUGUACACACAUUGCAGCUGCUUGUCAAAUAAACAUUUAUCUGAAGAGAUGUUUGAACUUAAUUUGAAUGAUCAACCAACCCCAAAAACAAUGUUUCUGUUAACAUUACACUUCAGACAUAUGGCUAUUUGGUUGGACUUGGGUAUAGGCAUGGCAAAUAACCAUUGCAUAGCUGUAGGUAGGUAUAGGUAUGCAAAUAACCAUACCUAUAGGCCAUUGCACACUACAUGACUUUAGUGUGUCCAGAUAUUCAGAUUUAUGUCCAAAUUCUUUUGAAAGCAAGACAUGUGCACACUGAAAUUAGCAUACAGUUUAGAAUUUUAACUUGUAUGCUCCAAGUGCUGUUUAUUACCAGUGAUUACCUUUCCACUAAUGGAUAUUAAAUGUUUUAAUUGAGUUUAAACCAUGUAUGAGUGUAUUUCAAUGUAUUCAAAGCUUUUGAAUUGUCUGACACCUAAGUUUUGAUUAUGAUACAUGGGAGAGAGAUGGUGUGUUUUGAUUUGGGGAUUUUUUUCUUGGUCCUCACAAUAUUCCAUAUUUAUAAAAUGGCCUGAUCUCCUAAGCCUUGUCAACAACAGUUUGUUUUCCUCUCUCUCCCCUCCCCAAACAUCCAAGGUAACAUGAGAGUCCUCAGAAACCAAUACCAAUUUCUGGUAGAUAGAAAGUAUUCAUUCUCUGAAGGAACACAAGAGUACUUCAAUUCUGCAGCCCCAGUGUGGCCACGGCAUGACACCCAAACCACCCCAUUCCAUAGCAUACCACUGGCACACUAGCACACUUUUGGAGUUAAAUAUUAUUUUUUAAAAUAAGCAAACUGACAUUCAGUUUUAAAUGUAAUAUAAACAUGUUCAGUACCAUCUAAGGAAUUGUAAAUCUCAAUUUUAAAUUAUGGUUUAGGCUUCCUGGUUUGGAAUAUAAAUUUUCCAGCUUGCACCAGAAAACAGAGUUCUGUGUCUGAGUUUUCAUUUCUGGUUGGACUUUGCUUUUAUUGUGUACAAACAUCAUCUCUGUUCAAAGUAGCAAUACAUUUACCUUUUUUAUGAGAGGCAUUCAAUCGCAAAGCUGAAUUGUCUGUUAACAUAUUUGUUUGGUUGCCUUCAAAAGAGGCUUAGCAAUGACCCUUUUGAUAAUAUGGUGCUUUGUUGCUUAGUUUAUCUUUCAGCAAUUUAGUGUUCCUUUUUAUUAAAAGUAAUUCAGACGUUAGAUAAGCUGGUCUUUGACAUAAUGAACCUGACUACAUCAUUGCUAUAACUUGGCGUCACCCAAUCAGUUCCACCAUCUUCAGUCCCUGCUGAGUGAAACAUUUAUGGCUCAGUGGGAUGGUUAUUGUUGAGUUUGUAGUUGGAGUUAAGAAGCAGCAUUUUCUUGUGCUUUGUGUGGGUUCUUUUACUCCAAGCUAUUCUUGGUUUUCACCGUUUAUCCCUGUUGGGCAGAAGCUGGGUAAUUCUCUGGCAAGGUCUGCUUUGCUGGUUUCUUUCUGCAGGUACAGUCAGUUGAAUGCUUGGUUUAAUGUAUUUUUGUUCAUAAGUAGUGGGCCUAUCUACAUGACUGUAUGGUGUCUGAUUUUCUCAUUGUCAUGUCUUGUUCGUCAUUACGUAAUAAACCUAUUUAAUUUAAAUCCAAUUUGGAGUUAGUUUUGAACUUGUGGGGUUUCCACCAGUUUACUGUUGCAAUUAAUUUGGAGAUUUUCACUGAUGAUAUCUGUAGUCAUUAAUAAAUUGUAUUAAGACUUUAUACUUGUACAGAAUUUAAGUCCACUUGUCCUUCUUCUCUGGGGUUACCUUACAGAAGGGUAACCUGCAGUAAGAAGAUGACUAAUAAUAAGCCAUGGCUGAUUCACAGCUACAGUGUGUAGCAGGCUUCAGGGAAAGCAUGGUGGUCAUUUCUCUCGGUAGCCAUACAACAGUGUUAAAUUCCUCUAAAGGAUGUGAAGCUUAUCUUAAACAUGCCCACAUCUUCUGAAAUGGCAUUAAGCAAUUUCCGAAAAUGAGUUCAUGCUUUUUUUGUUUUCAUCACUGCCUACAAAAGUCCAAAUUGGUUAACAAAAUGCUGCAGUCCAUGUGGCAAAUUCAAGUCUCCAUAAAACAUUGUGAGAUUGGCGCUCUAUACAGACAGUCAACGGUUUUUGUCAUGCCUAGUGCCACUAAAAAUAAACCUUGCUCCUUUCACCUAACAUGGGCGGCUGGCUCCUUUUGCAUGGUUCAUACCUCCUCAUGCAUGUCAUGUUCUGGGUGCGCAAUACUUUUAAAACUAAGUGAAGUAAUAAAUGGGCUUUUUUCCCCCAAUAAGA